ACCGAAUCGGCCGCACCGUACCGUCGCACCGAAAUAUUGACCCUUUCUACAGUGAAUAUCGUAUAUUUGCAACAGCAACAAUGCCGACCUACCACAAGCCAGAAGCUAAAACCAUCCAGGAGCUUAAGGAUAUCGCUCACAAGCUGCGUAUCGAUUCGAUCAACGCAACGCAGGCGUCAAAAUCUGGCCAUCCAACGUCAUGUGCUUCGAUUGCGGAAAUCAUGUCGGUGCUGUUCUUCAACACGAUGCGGUACAAACUCUCUGCUCCGCGCGAUCCUUCCUCCGAUCGCUUCAUCCUGUCGAAGGGCCAUGCUGCCCCGAUCCUGUACGCGGCCUGGGCCGAAGCCGGCCUGUUCCCGGUCGAGGAUCUGAUGAAUCUGCGCAAGAUCGAUUCGGAUCUGGAGGGUCAUCCGACACCGAGACUGAACUUCAUCGACGUUGGUACCGGUUCGCUCGGUCAGGGUGUGGCCGUCGCUUGCGGUAUGGCGUACGUGGGCAAGAACAUCGAUAAGGCUGACUACCGGACGUACGUGCUGGUUGGGGAUGGUGAAUCGGCCGAAGGUUCGAUCUGGGAAUCGCUUCACUUUGCCGGAUACUACAAGCUGAACAAUCUUUGCGUCAUUUUCGACGUGAACCGAUUGGGGCAGUCGGAAGCAACUUCGCUCCAGCAUCAGAUGGAGGUGUACCGGAAGCGACUGGACGCGUUCGGAUUUAACGCAAUCGUCGUCGAUGGACAUGAUGUGGAGGAGCUAUGCAAAGCAUUCUUCGAAGCAUCCACCACGACCGAUCGUCCGACCGCGAUCAUUGCCAAAACGUACAAGGGCAAACAUUUCCCCAACAUUGAAGAUUUGGAAAACUGGCACGGAAAGCCCUUGGGCGAUGCGGCCGACGGUGUGGUGGCACAUUUGCAAAAAUUGAUUCGUAACUCCGGCCCGAUCGCUCUCGCACCACCAUCACCGCAGAAAGAAAAUGCUCCCAAGGUGAGCAUUAAGGGGAUCGAACUGGCCACACCACCGGCCUAUCAGAAGGGUGAACAGAUCGCUACCCGACUCGCUUACGGUACAGCGCUAGCGAAGAUUGCCAUGAACAACGAUCGCGUUAUUGCGCUGGAUGGAGACACGAAAAACUCUACCUACUCGGACAAGCUGCGCAAAGCGUUCCCGGAGCGAUUCAUCGAGUGCUUUAUUGCAGAACAGAAUUUGGUCGGUGUGGCAAUAGGUGCGGCUUGCCGCGAUCGUACCGUAGCGUUCGUGUCUACCUUUGCUACCUUUUUCACCCGUGCCUUCGAUCAAAUUCGUAUGGGUGCGAUUUCGCAGACGAAUGUUAACUUUGUCGGUUCGCACUGUGGCGUGAGCAUCGGUGAGGAUGGACCGAGCCAGAUGGGACUGGAGGAUAUUGCGAUGUUCCGUGCUAUCCCGGGCAGUACCGUUUUCUAUCCGGCCGAUGCCGUCAGUACGGAGCGAGCGGUUGAGAUGGCGGCCAACACGCCGGGCGUCUGCUUUAUCCGUACCUCGCGCCCCAAUACGGCCGUUAUUUACGAAAACGAUGAGAAGUUUGAGAUUGGCAAAUGCAAGGUGGUGAAGCAAAAUGCAAACGAUUCCGUGCUGCUAAUCGGUGCCGGUAUCACACUGUACGAAGCGCUGAAGGCUGCCGAAGAGUUGGAAAAGAGCGGUAUUCACUGUCGCGUAAUUGAUCCAUUCACGGUGAAACCGUUGGAUCAGGAAGGAAUCAUCCGGAAUGGUGUUCAGUGUGGUGGACGUGUCGUUGUUGUUGAGGAUCACUACAAGCAAGGAGGUCUCGGAGAAGCGGUCCUGUCUGCCCUUGCCGAACAGCGCAAUUUUGUCGUGAAGCAUCUCGGCGUUGAAAAGCUGCCCCGUUCUGGUCCACCCACCGUGCUGGUGGAUAUGUUUGGCAUUUCGGCACGAUCCGUUGCAGCUGCCGUACAGGACAUCAUCAAGAUGUAAAACAUAA